AAAAUAAGCCGUAAGUAGUUGGGAUGGCAGUAUCACACAAGGGGGGAGCGAGAGAGGGCCUGCUGCUGGAGAAGUGCCUAGUGACUGGCACUCAACCCUGAACUACGCGCGGACACGGCUUCUUCAGAACAACAGCCCAGUUUCCACGAUGGGUGAGCCGAUGGAGGCACUCGCCUGGGUAUGGGCCAACCUGUCAACUUGUACAUGGACACUCUUGCUGUCGAGUGUGGUCCUAUACUUUUAUCGCUGGGUGAGAGAGCGUCGUCAAUAUCACUCCAUAUUUUCGAAGAUGGGCGUUCCAUACAUAAAGCCUCACAUUUUAUACGGCAGCAACCACCAGCUCCGCGGUAAAGGCAUCCUAUCCAUUGACGUUAUUGGUAAAUGGGUGAAAAAAUACGGCAAAGUCUUCGGUUAUUACAUCGGAUGGAAACCGACGCUUGUAGUAACCGACCUGGACAUGAUCAAAGACAUACUCAUCAAGGAGUUUCACAACUUUGCCAACCGCCCGAAACUCGUGAUCGAGGCCCAGCCCGUCGUGCACACUGUCGUAGGCCUACGUGACCAGCGGUGGAAGGACGUGCGCUCCAUCCUGGCCCCGACCUUCUCCAUGGUCAAGAUGAAGCACAUGGCAGGGAUCAUGAACGAAAAGGUGGACGAACUGCUAACCAUUAUCGGCGAGAAAAGUAAUGCCGGCGAGCCAAUAGAGUGGUACUCGACCUACCAGGGUCUCACGCUGGAUGUGAUCAGCGAGUGCGCCCUCGCCAUGAAAACCACCUGCCAGAGAGACCAAGAAAAGCACGAAUUUUUCACGGCAGUUCGCUCCUUCCUCAAGAACGCGGUAAACCCCGCGAUUCUUCUGGCGCUGUACUUCCAGGGCUUCGGCAAAAUCCUGAGCUACAUCAGCAAUAGAUUUGCGCUGUCGGGCCGCAUGACGCAGAUGAUCGUCAACCACUUGAAGACCGUCAUCAGCAUGCGGCGUAACGACCUGCACGCCAAGAACGUUGACGUGUUGCAGUUAAUGCUGGAGGCUGCGGAGUCGCGCGUCGAUGCUGAUGGCGCCGCCGCGAACGGGGUGUCCAAAGAAAAACCAAAACGCAAGCUUCUCUCUGACGAAGAAAUUAUCGCCAACGCCUGGGUCUUCCUGCUGGGGGGCUUCGAAACCACGGCCAACUCCCUCACGUAUACUACGUAUUUGCUGGCACAGCACCCAGAAGUACAGGACAAAGUCUACCAAGAGCUCCAGGACGUCAUCAAGGAUGCAAACACCAAUUUGACGUACGAGCAGGUGCACAAACUCACUUAUCUGGAUCAGGUAUUUUCUGAGGCACUGAGACUAUACCCUCCUGUUGUGACCUUCCUGACGAGGGAGGCAGCGGAAGACAUGCAGAUUGGCGACGUACUCAUCCCGAAAGACAUGAACGUGCUCGUUCCCAUCUGGCUCCUCCAGCGAGACCCAGAGCAGUGGACUGACCCGGAGAAAUUCGACCCAGACAGAUUUUCUCCGGAAGCCAAGGCAAACAGCACCAGACACCCUAUGUCUUAUAUACCCUUUGGAGCUGGUCCAAGAAACUGUGUUGGUAUGAGGUUCGCCCAGCUUGAGGCGAAAUUAACACUAGCGAGAGUAUUGUUGAAUUACAGACUUGACCCCUGUAAGCAGACUCCUAACCCUCUCAAAUUUGAAAUUCCUACCGUGGCCAUCAACCCAGCCGACCCAGUGUUAAUCAAAGCAAAACCGAGGAGUUAAAUCAGUGGUUCUCAGAUUAUUAUUAUCAUUAUUUUUUUUUUAUCCCAAUGUAAAGUCCGACAGGUCUUUUUUUCAGAUUUUACCCCCCAUUUAAUAUCUGACAGAUCCGGAGUACUCCAGUGUAAGAUUUUACUCAUUAUCAUUCAGUAAAGUUAAAAAAUAUUCCUUAUUAUUCCAAUACCUUAUUAUGUUAAGCACAAGUUUGCAAUAUUAAAUUAUGAACAAAGAUUACUCCUUAAUUCCAUUUAACUGUUUCAAUAUAAAAAAAAAAACACUUUUAGUUUUAUUUUUUCACUGGUGCUUAUAAUGUUUACCUUUAGCUUGAGAACCACCAGAUAUGACCUUUAAUGCUGAAGAAAGAUCAAACUAUUCGUGUUUUUGUAUUAACCUGAUCUAUUGUCUUCCUUAUUUGAAAGCAUAAGAUCAAUGCAAAAUUGUAUAUAAUGUUGGAGGAUAGAAAUAGAGAAGAGAUUUUGUGGGUGACAGGUGUAGCUUACUCGUGUGUGUGUGUGUGUGUGUGUGUGUGUGUGUGUGUGUGUGUGUGUGUGUGUGUGUGUGUGUGUGUGUGUGUGUGUGUGUGUGUGUGUGUGUGUGUGUGUAUUCAUA